ACAUGUCAGUGACAACCACACCUGUGUGAAGACCAAACACGAUGAAACGAUGGCCAUUUUCUUUACCAGUGGAACAAGUGGAUCUCCUAAAAUGACCGGACACACCCACAGCAGUUUUGGUUUAGGAUUGUCUGUAAACGGAAGGUUCUGGCUGGAUUUGAUACCCUCGGAUGUGAUGUGGAAUACCUCAGACACAGGCUGGGCAAAGUCUGCAUGGAGCAGUGUUUUUUCUCCAUGGAUCCAGGGGGCAUGUGUAUUCGCACACUAUUUGCCCCGUUUCGAGCCAACUUCCAUCUUGCAAACACUCUCCAACUUUCCCAUCACAGUCUUCUGCUCAGCACCAACCGCAUACCGAAUGCUUAUACAGGAUAUGACCAGCUGUAAGUUCAAAAGCUUAAAGCACUGCGUGAGCGCUGGGGAACCAAUCAACCCUGAAGUGACUGAACAGUGGAGGAAUAAGACAGGCCUGGAUAUCUACGAAGGUUAUGGACAGACUGAAACGGUGUUAAUCUGUGGAAAUUUUAAGGGAAUGAAAAUUAAGCCUGGCUCAAUGGGAAAGCCUUCUCCUGCUUUCGAUGUUAAGAUUUUAGAUGUAAAUGGCAAUGUUCUACCUCCUGGACAAGAAGGAGAUAUUGGCAUUCAAGCCCUACCUAACAGACCAUUUGGCCUUUUUACUCACUAUGUAAAUGAUCCUUCAAAAACAGCUUCAACUUUACGAGGCAACUUCUAUAUCACUGGGGACAGAGGGUAUAUGGAUGAAGAUGGAUAUUUGUGGUUUGUUGCAAGAUCGGAUGAUAUCAUAUUAUCCUCUGGUUAUCGAAUUGGACCAUUUGAGGUAGAAAGUGCCCUCAUGGAGCACCCUUCGGUUGCAGAAUCAGCUGUUGUCAGCAGCCCAGACCCCAUCAGAGGAGAGGUAAAAGAACUGAUUCAUCUCAAU